UUGAAGAUGCAUACGUGGAUGCGUCUUCUUCCAAUGAAUUUUGCUUUCGAUCUUCUUCAACCUAAACGAAACUCUCUUCCUCUCUUCUUCAACCUCCUGCUCUUCACUUAUAAUUUUUUAGUUAGUUAAAAUAAACAUAUAAAUAUGAAUAAUCCCAGCACUCUAAAUUGAUUUAUAUAAUUAAAACCCCAAGACUUGUUUUGGUUUUAGUUUUUUUCCUCGUAAUCUCUUGAUGGCAGACGCUAUUCGAUCAUCACCAUCAUCGUUAAUUCAUUCACUUCGAUUAUCUUCCCCUUAUCAGCUAACCACUUUUCACCUGGCCUUGAAUUCUCCUCUGUCGUCUCUUUUACCCAUCAAUCAGAAUUUGGAUAAGAUUGUUCCUAUUGGUCCUGCUCGCCUUGCUUGUUCUCCCAGAAAAUUAUCGCUCUCUUUCAAGGUACGUGCAACUGUUAACGAAACUGAACAGCCAAAAUGGUGGGAAAGAAACUCGGGACCAAAUAUGAUUGAUAUUCAUUCUACACAAGAAUUUUUGGAUGCCUUAAGUCAGGCUGGAGAUAGAUUGGUUAUUGUGGAAUUUUAUGGUACUUGGUGUGCUUCAUGCAGAGCAUUAUUUCCCAAGCUUUGCAGGACUGCUCAAGAGCAUCCGGAUAUUUUAUUCCUCAAAGUAAAUUUCGAUGAGAACAAACCUAUGUGUAAAAGUUUGAAUGUUAAGGUGCUUCCUUAUUUCCACUUCUAUCGUGGAGCAGAUGGACAGUUGGAGUCGUUUUCUUGUUCACUUGCUAAGUUUCAAAAAAUAAAAGACGCCAUCGAAAUGCACAACACGGCUCGGUGCAGCAUCGGUCCGCCCAGGGGAGUUGGAGAUCUUAACCUUGAACUCGUCUGUGGUCCGAAAAAUGACAGGGCAACCGGGUGAAGUUAAACACGGGGGUAAAGCGAUUGUCUGUAACUAUUCGCCGAAGUGGACACCUCUGUAAACCAUUUAAUAUUUCCAAACUCACAUAUUCGUGUAAAAAGAAAAUUUAAUGGGAUGCAUUCUUUCUCUUGUAAUGUAUGCAAGUUUAAAGCUUGAGUUU